AUGAUUCAGGUCAUGGUCAUGUCUUACGAUAAGUUGAAUGAUUCCGACAUUUUGGCAAUCAAUGGAACCUCCGCCGCUCUCCAUAUUUCGGAUAUCCCUUUCGCAGGCCCUAUCGGUGCUGUUCGUGUCGGGCGAAUUGAUGGAGAAAUUAUUGUCAAUCCCACAAUCGAACAGCAAAUUGACAGCGAUGUGAAUUGUGUGAUGGCAGGAACAUCGGACGCGAUAGUGAUGGUGGAAGCAGGAAGUUUCGAAGUUUCCGAAGAUACGAGGAGGGGUCUCCUGAUAGGGGAGUUGUCUCUGGUAUUUGGUAAAAUCGAAAAAGAAGUUUUCCGUGGCUUGAUUUUAGAUGAGGGGAAACGUUCGGAUGGUCGGGGGCUUCGUGACGUCAGGCCGAUUACCAUCAGAAUGUCGCCCCUUGCCAGGCCCCAUGGCAGCUCAUUGUUCACACGAGUGUUGGUGAAGCGAAGCCAAACCGUGGUCCUGGCCGCCGUGAAAUUGGCACACGGUGCGCUUGCUUCUCGGGCCGUGCAGGCGAUUUUGCCUGAGCAGGAAGAUUUUCCCUAUACAAUCCGCGUGGUUUCAGAUAUCACGGAGAGCAAUGGCAGUUCAUCCAUGGCGAGCAUCUGCGGCGCCAGCUUGGCCUUGAUGAGUGCGGGCGUACCGAUAACAUCUCCAGUGGCCGGCAUUGCCAUGGGCUUAAUUAGUGAAGAAUCCACAGGGAGAACGGCAAUACUUACGGAUAUCCUUGGAUUGGAAGAUCAUUUAGGAGACAUGGACUUCAAGGUCGGUGGGACGCGUCAUGGCAUUACUGCUCUCCAGAUGGAUAUCAAGAUCAAAGGGUUGCAAUUGAGCCUCGUGGGAGAUGCUUUGGCGCAAGCCAAUGAUGCGAGGAUGCAUGUACUUGAGCAGAUGGACAAAGUGAUUUCCCAGCCAAGUGAAGAGAUUUCCCCUUACGCGCCGCGGAUUAUGACGAUUCAGGUUUCCAAAGAUCGUGUGAGAGAUGUCAUUGGACCGGGCGGGAAAGUGAUUCGAGGAAUCGUCGAGGAAACAGUGCGGAUGUAG